AUGAAUAUUGAAAAUUAAUAAUAGCACUAAUUGUAAAAGAGAAUAAAGGAAAGGUUUGUUUACGAGGCCAAAUUUUUAGUCGAUUAAUGGAGGUAUUGGGUUAUUAAUGCAAUAGAUCUAUUUUCGAACAAAGACACCUUUAAGAUGGAAAAAUGAUCAAGUACACUCUCGACCAAGCUGCUGAUAUUGUAGGAAUCUCAAGAAAAACUCUAGAGGAUUAUUAUUAUUGUCUGAAAAAAGCAGAGAAAAUAAGUAAGCAAUUUAACCUAUAGAGUAGUUGAUAUAAAUUAAUUUAUGAAUUGUAAAAUGGGAGUAAUUCGAAGAAUUAUAAAAGAACAUAAGAAGUAAACUGAUGAGUAAAAUUUAAUGGAUACAAACUAAUUCUUCGCCUUAGAAGAAGAAAAUAAAGAGCCAAGGAAAAAUAGUUUUGAAUACGAUGAUUGAGU